AUGGCUUCCGCAGCAACUAAAGACAAAGCAUCCGAGGCGCCGCCACGAAGAGCGUUGAACUUCCUCGAUCUUCCCUCGGAGACACAGCAUCAAAUAUUCAGUCAUUGCAGUCCAGGUUCCCUGAUAUGCCUCGCGCUCGUCUCUCGUCAUUUUCGCGACCUAGCCGCCGCCCAAAUCUAUCGCUACUUCCAUAUUAUCUUCCCCGACGAUGAUGAUCCGGACUUCGACUCCCCCAUCGACAGUCUGGCUAGCGGCCUGGAGACAUUCGUCGCCAGUGACUAUGAUUACGCCCAACACCUUCGAGGUAUCACCCUUGACACCACCAGCGCAGGCACCAAGGGCGAAAAGGCAUACGACGCCUAUCGCUACGGCUUCAGCUGCGGAAAGUUCAUGAACACCCUCCUGCUGCUCACCCUCCGCAAGGCGAAAUCCCUCGAGAUAUUCGGAUGGAAUAUUCGCGUCGAGCUCAGCCUCCCCGUUUACAAAGCCCUCCAUGCCAUAUCUUCGCUCAAGCAUCUGCACAUCCGCUUGCAGGCCGGCCGGUCACUCUCCGAAUCGCCUCCUCCCUUGCCGUACGGCCCCGGUUCUUCUUCGCUUCACACGAGUAACAACUUGCACGGCGUCCCGUCCCUUCUGCCCGCAUCCGGGCCCACGCCCCAACCUCUGAGCACUCUUCCUCCUAUAACGACCAGCACAUUCGACCCCAAUGUUGGUAUGCUGUCAUUUACACCACCCGUGAACGCCGCCGCCGCAUCCUCCAAGACGCUUCCCAAGAACAGGCGCAAAACAUCCGUCGCCAAAACCCCUCCCACUCUUUCCGGCUUCAAGAAGCUCAAGACCAUUUCCAUAUUGGACAUCGACGACCUUGAUUGCAUCCCCGAAGUGCAGGGCUGUGUCAAGAAUUCUGCCCUGAGCCUCCAGGAAUUGGAACUCUCCUUCUCCGUUGCCCUAGCACAACGAUCCCGCAAACCGACGCCAGACCUUGAUCAUGACGAUGCGGAUCUUGAAGACGAGUUUCAGCUUGUCCCCAUGCCCGCUUCCGGCUCAAACUGGGACGAUGCCGCAGCUCCCGUGAAGGCCUUCCGGGCGCAGGAAGAGCGGAAAGUGCAGGAGACUGUCCUGGCUCGGAUUUUCGACGUUGAACAUCGUCCAGUCGAGAAGAGUAGUACGCAAAAAUCCAAAGGAAACGAGGCUGUGAACGACGUCGGCCCAUCAUCUACAUCUAAAGAAACCCCCACUCCAGCACAGGCCUUCAUGGAUAGGCUUCGAGAAGUUUCCGCUAAGCUGAUGACGGAAACACAAGAGGGCUUCGAGGAGCCGGACGAAUCGAAGCGAGCUAUCUUGGAGUUGAUCGAGAAUGCUGCCAAAAAGUAUCUGGAAUCCGAAGAUGCCAAGCCCGGGCGAGCUGGGGACGACAAGGCCACGAAGGAAAGUGCAAAGUCAAAGUCUAGCUCCGACGCGACCGGGUCGUCGGCAAGCUCUUUGUCGGCGGUACGGAAGCAGACAUCACCAUCUCCCGAUGACAUCGACGUGGAAGAGCCACUCGCAUCCGACGAAACGGAGGAGGCUGCCGAUGCUAAAGCGGCAGAUUCUCGGAAAGUCGGCGUAUCAUCUGCUCCGUCGACCACGACUGCCGUCACUGCACCCAUAAUUUCUGGGAGGCCAUCGUCAGACGUAACCGCGACAUUGGAGCGGCUCAACACUACCUCCAAGGGCGUGGUGGCCCAGCUGAAGAUACUCGAUGACCUCAUUGCCGAUUUACACGCCCAGCUCCGUGAAUUGGCGUCCACCGACGAAUGUCGAGAUGAAGCCCGUAUCUCGGUCGUUGAGACGAGGUUGCGAGGCUACCAGAAGGAUGCCGAGGUCUUACAGGAGCAACUCCGAUCUGCGGAGGCGGAGAUUCGCGACACGGAAAAUUCGGCCAAUGCCAGCGCUACCAGGGACGGCAGGGAGGCUCAAAUGGGCGACUAUAUCCGUACAACGAGAGGACUUCAGCUCCGUUAUUUCGGCGUUGACCUGAUUCCAGUCAAGGCGUCUGUCUUGAAGGCCUCGGUGGACGUCCACAUGCUCGAGAGUCUGACGCUCCUCAACGUGGGCAAUCAAGCACCGAUAUGGAGCAUGCUGUCGCGGGAGAACAAACUGUCACCGCUGCCACUGCGGCGCAUCUUCACCGACAACGUGUCCAUGGCGUUCCUGACGUGCGUAGCUCAGCUCAAGGACGUGACCGACUUGUUCAUGCUCGAGAUGGUGGUAGUUCACAAGCCAGCCAGUUUCGCGCCCAAGUCUGCGGCGACGAUAGACCACAUCCGCAGGCUGGUGCUCAAAAAGCACAUGCCGACGCUGAAGAGGCUGCUCAUCAAGAACGACCUGAAUGCCGACUGGGAUGCGGACGAGAAGACGAUGAUGUUGAUUUGCAACCGUGGUAGGGAGCUGAAAGAGCUGGCGGUGUCGAUGGGUGUUCGAGCCAUGCACGUCUUCAUGCAGCAACUUCCAGGGCUGGUCAACCUCUACGCGCUGCACGUGGUACGCUUCCGAAGCGAUGAUACGUGCCCGUGGGUCGUGCGCGAGACGCACCGGUUCUUGAUCGACAUGCUGUCGCACCACCCAGAGCUCAGGCUAGAAUGGGUCUGCAUUGAUGACGAUCGCGUCGAGCACAUCAUCCGUGGCUCGGAGCAGGAUAACAAGUCCGAGGCAGGGGAUAAGGAAGAGGGCGACGGGGCAAAGCAAAAAGGGAAAGGAAAGGAUAAGAAGAAGCACAAGGAUAAGGCCAAAUCCAGUACCGGAACAUCUGGGUGGUUUGGGAGCGACAACUCGGCGUACCCGCCUUUACCGCUCAACAACAGCUGGGACAGUGCUAGCGAGAGCGAGGACGAGGACGAGGACGCAAAGGAUGCGGCUCGGGCGAAACUCGAGACGGUCAGCGACCUCCGCUUCUACGAUGUCUGGGACGUCAGGAUCUUCAAGAAGGAGGUUCUGGAUGGUCGGCUCUAG